CUUACAUGUACAUUGCAAGUCUUCUUGGUCAGUGAGAGAUUGUCGUUCUGCAUACCACGGUUACCACCUGCCACCCUACCGAUCACGGUGUACGGAUCAACCAAGCCUCCGCCUCACGCACAGACCAUUUCCAGACAGGCCGAUCUCCGCAUCGCGAGACUCGCGACUUCCACUUUCACAUCUUCAACUUGAUUCACUUGCUUCCACUCCUGCCUAGCAACGCCUUCUAGGAGUCUCCUGAGGCACCCCCAAAAGUCGGCAAAAUGAACGCGCCAGAUAGGUUCGAGUCCUUCCUCCUUGCUGAAGGCGAGAAGAAGGUGGAGCAUGAGCCAGAGACUCGCGUCCCCAAUGCCUCCAUGUUCACCUUCAACAAGGAAGAUCACACACUCGGUAACCUCCUGCGCGCAAAGCUAGCCAAGGCAGACCACGUCCUCUUCGCCGGCUACCAGGUUCCUCACCCACUUUUCGCGACCUUCAAGCUCCGUGUGCAGACCGACGGCGAGAUCACUCCAAAGGAGGCAGUUGUCAAUGCAUGCCAGGAUCUGGUCAAGGAGCUCGGUCAGCUUGACCAGGAGUUCACGAAGGAGAUGGAGCUGAAGAAGAUUGCCGGUGCUGGAGGCGAUCUUUAAGAUGAGACAUGGUCUUCCACAGGGCGUAAUGAUUUCAUGACUUGAAAAGCUGGCAAAGAGACUUGGCUGCCUACUCAGGGAGCAUGCAAUGCCUGCUUGGCUAAGAGGCACAGCAAGGCGUUCGGGUGCAUGGAGGUGGCGCAAAGCAUGAUAACGCAAGCGAGGCAUGAAUUUGGUGCCCAAGAGUGCACUAUGAGCAUGAGACUUGCAUUUGAGAUACCCAUAAGAAGC